AUAAAACCUUUUCAUCUGUAAUUUAGAAGCUAAGUCAAUAACAAAAUGAAGCCAGCAAAGCACCUUCCUGACACUAGUAACAAACUGGCAAAUGUUCCAGAAUUAAAUUAUAAAAAAAGACAACUUAAGUCACCAAUAUCACCUAAACCAAUGGGGAAAAAUAGUGCAAAAUCAGUAUGUGACAAAAUUGAACCAAUGGUCCUACGUUCUCCACCAAUAGGAGAAUCCGUCAUAAGGUAUGCUCUGCCCAUUCCAUCAAGUAAGGCAAAAGAAUCAAUAGCAGAAGAUGAACUGAUCAGGAAAAUUACCAAACAUCUGAAGAUGGUUGUUUCUGCUUUGGAAGAAACCUUUGGAUUUGAUAUAAGUGGGAAAAAAAUAGUUGAGAAGACUGAAAAUGAAGAAUUAUUUUUAUCUGUUGGAGAUGCUAUGAAUUCAUUCUUGGUAUGUUGUUCUCAAUUUGCAACUCAGUUAGAAGAAGCAGUUAAAGAAGAACAUAGUAUUUUGGAGUCUCUUUUUCAGUGGUUUCAGGUGCAGGUCAAUCAGAUGGAAGAGUUAAGUAAAGAUCAAAGUAUUUCAGAAGUAGAGACUUCAGUACCUGAAAAAACAGUCAUUUUAAGCCUUUCACAAGUAGUAAAGCAAGUGCAAAAACUUGAACAACUGAGAGAACGUCUUAAACAUAUGUCUAAAUACUCCUUCAAAGCCAUGUUGUCUAAACCCACGGUUAGCCCAAAUCCACCAGAACCUGUGAAAAAUUAUGAAAUGGUAGAGAAGAUGAUUGAAGAAUUCAUGAAAACUCACUCAGCUGAGACACCUGUAGAUGUUUCCGCAGCAGAGCCACAAACUGCUUAUUCAGUGGCUAACCAAUUGAAUGCCAUGUUGAAAAUAUUUGAAAAUCAGUCAAAUAUGUUGGAAAGAACUAUGAAAGACCAUGAUUUGUUAGAGGCUAAAUAUAAUCAGAAGGAAAGUGAUUUUCAGCUGUUAUUAGAGGAGAAAUCAAUGCUGGAAAAUGAACUACAAAAGUUGAAGAAUGUAGAGAAAAUAAAGACUACACCUGAUCAAACAAUGAAAAUGACUCAAAAAAUGGAGAAGAAAAAGGGCAAGGGAAAAUCUGAGGACUUGGAGAAGAAGAAGUCCACAGGCAAACAGCUUAAAAUAAAGGAAGAUUUGCUUCAAGUCCAGAAAGUGGUAUUUGCUCUGGAAAUUGAGAACAGAUUACUUCAGGAACAACUGAAACAGGCCUUACAGGAAGCUGAAAGAGCCAAGCAUCAACUUGAAUAUUUCCUAAGUCAAGGAAAGGAUUUAGUUAAAAAUGAGAAGACCAAGACAACCAUGGAAAUGGGCAUUGGUAAAAUAAAAGUUAAAGGUGAAGAUUCAGAAAAUAUACCAUUGAAGAAAGAAAGAAGAAAAACAGCAGUUUCUGAUUCAGGUGGACAAAAGACAGAUGAUGAAAUCCAAGAACAAUCAAAGAUCUCAGUCAUCCGACAUGGAAGUGCAAGUGAACAAAGCUCAGAGAAGAAAAGAUCUAGCCCUGCUAUUUCAGAUCUUUCACAGAUCCUCAAGUCUCAAGAUGAAUCAACUUUUUCAGAGAGUUCAAAUGAAGUUUCAUCUGGUGAAAACCUGUCUGGUACAUCUUCAUCAGAGACCCAUGAUAGAUCAUUUACAACAAUAUCACCCAGCAAAGAAACUCAAGAGUCACUGUCUGUGGGAACUUUGUCUCAAGAGAAUGAAACAGUGACAGCAUCACUCAUUUCACUAACUGAUCUUACUAGAAGAAAAUUGACAGACAGUGACACCCCAAAGGCUAAUGUUUCAGAAGAGAAAUUACAAAGUAAGACUGAAAAACAAACUUACCAAGAAGCAAGAGAAUUACAAGGUCAGGAAACAGAUGAAGUUGCUGAUGGAAGUCUUUUAUCUUUGGAUGAAAUGUUAGUCUCGAAUCAUUGGCUUCAGAUUAGGAAUAGCUUUUUCAAAUCUGACAAUCUCACUCUGAAGGAAAUACUAGCUGAAAAUCUUAGGCUUAAGAAUCAAGAUUCAGUGUUAAACAUCCAAAUGCAAGAAAAGAAACAAAGAACUUCCAGUGCUGAAAAAAGACUCAAAACUCGUGAUGAAGUAACAAAUGAAAAUCUUACGUUUGAGAACCAAGAUUCAGUGUCAGAAACUCAAAUGCAAUUAAAAAAACAAAGAAUGUCUAGAGUGAAAAGACACAAGAAACCUGAUGAAAAGCUUAUGCUCGAGAACCAAGAUUCUGUGUCCGAAAUCCAAAAGCAAAUAAGAAAACAAAAAACAUCCAGAGGGGAAAGGCUCAAGACUCAUAACAAAGAUGAAGAUGAAAAUCUUAUGCUGGAGCACGAAGAUUCGGUGUCAAAAACCGAAAUGCAGCUGAAGAAACCAAGAACUCCCAGAGGAGAAAGACACAACACUCUUGGUGAUGUACCAUAUGACAAUCUCAUGGUUGAGCAAGAAGAUUCAGUAUCAAAAACCCAAAUGAAAGAAAAGAAAAAAAGAACUUCCAGAAGGAAAAGACCCAACAAAAAUGAUAUAGAACGCUUGAAAGAUGCUGUUCAAAGAGAUACAAUGAAGGAGGAAAUCAAGAAACAAUCAAAGGUUCAUUCUGGUAAAGAUGCUAUUCAAAGAGAGAUAAUGAAGGAGGAAAUCAAGAAACAAUCAAAUAUUCUUUCUGGUGUGAAUUUACUUAAAACCAAGGGUCUAUCCACACAUCAAGAAGAUGUUUUAACUAGGAACAUCUCACCAAACAAAUUGCGAACGAAAGUGAUUAAUUUGUCACUGUUUGAAAAUAAAGCAAAUGCCCUUAAUAAUGAAGAAUAA